GGAGAAGUGGAAUCGAUGACUUUAGACGUGCAAAUCCUACAUGUGGGUUCUGUGCAUCCGAAACACGUGAAACCUGUACCAGAUAUGCCUAAUUUUGUUGGCCACCUGCAACACCUCAUCUUUAAUAGAAAGCAUUACUUGGAUAUGGCACACAGCGGACAGAUUGCGAAUUUUGAAGUUACAGCCAAAUUUGGCAAGAAAGACAACAUAGUGCAUCACCCCAUCACCUUUAAAUCCAAAUUUACUUUCCUGGGCCUGCCACAGCUGAGAGCUUACUCCACUCUGAACCUCUACUUCCAAUUCAAAACCAUGGAACCCAAUGGACUCAUCUUGUAUAACGCUGGAAAGGGCCAAGAUUUCAUCGCUGUGGAACUUGUCGAUGGUCACAUUCACUAUGUUUUCAACUUAGGAGAUGGACCUCGGGAAGUGAGGUCCAAUACCAAAGCAACCCUCAAUGACAACCAAUGGCAUGCUGUUACGAUUGGAAGACCUGCCGUUCAUCAACAAACUCUAAUGGUGGAUGAUAUGAUAACAAAGGUAAGGAGCGCUGGUCCUAAUACCCAUCUAGAUCUCCAGGGUUUAUUAUAUCUAGGUGGUGUCAGACGCUCUAUGUUUGCCACUCUGCCUAGACUCUUGCAUUCUAGGCAAGGAUUUCAAGGAUGCCUUGCCUCACUGGACCUCAACGGAGAAACCGGAGACCCCAUCCGGGAUGCUCUCAUUCCAUCAACUCUGGUUACCAAGGGAUGUGCAGGUCCUAUUACGAAGUGCAGCCAUUCCGCCUGCGCAAACCAUGGAGUUUGUGUACAGAUGUGGAACAACUAUGCCUGCGACUGCGAUAUGACGUCAUUCUCUGGACCCAUUUGUGCCGAUGAAAGCAUAUCUUACGAAUUUGGACCGGGGACUGGCUUAAUCACGUUUACAUUCCCACCCGACAAAAGGCCUGAUACAAAGUCUGACCUGGUGGCAUUGGGAUUCAUCACCAUGACCGACAACGGAGUUCUGGUGCGCAUAGAUAGUGGGACUUCGAAUGAUUAUAUGGAACUCGAAAUUGUGGAUGGCAACGUUUACAUGUUGUACAACAUGGGAACGGAGGAUCAUCCAAUUGGGGAACACAGCGUCCAUGUCAAUGACGGACAAUAUCACGUGGUACGAUUCACUAGAUCCGGCGCCAACUCGACAAUACAGGUCGACGACCACAACGUCCAAGUCAAACAUCCCCCAGGUCGUCAGCUGACGGUAUUCAACAGUCAUUCAACCAUUCAAGUCGGUGGAAAGAAAGACCCAUUAAGAGGUGGCAUCGAGAGGCCUUUCCAAGGCAUCAUCUCGGGUCUCGUGGUGAACGGAGACCGUAUACUGGACAUGGCAGCCGAGGACGAUCCUCGGAUAAUGGUCCAAGGGGAUGUAGAACUCCUGAUGUCGUUGCCUUUGAGUCUUCAGCAAAGAUCGGUGCCUACUGACCAUCACCAAAUGCAGCAGCACGCCGGGUCUCCUAAUUACGAAGGAGACGAUUUGGUGUAUUCUGGGGGUGGCGGUUCUGGCUGUUUCGAUGACGAAGAUGAUUGUGGAGAAGCUGAACCAACUACAGGCGAUGACCUUAUUACACCCGUGUACAUCCCACCAACACCCAGACCUUACGCUCGCACCACCCCUAGUAUAUCUUCAGGUGGAAAUGGUAAUUACAUCCACGGCCGAUCGUCGGCACCUCCUCGUCACGCUGGCGGCCUGGAGGACACAACCUGCGAUGAUGAAGAAGACUGCGUAGAUGGUGGAUCAGGGCUGGGGGAAGUAGGCUUUACACCUAACCAGCACACCCCUGCUACUCCAUCAUUUGUAACUACUAAUAGUGGCCAUCGUGAUGUCUCAGAGAGUUUUAUCUACCCUCCUCGUGUCAUUCCACCACCCACCCACGAUGUCCUUCACAAAGUUGAGAUAACUCCGCCAUCUAUACCUCCGACACCUGCAGAACCACCCUAUCGAAGACCUCCACCAGAGGAAAUAGGUAUCAGUCAUCGGCGGCCGCCACCUGCACCACCUUUGAUGCCAAGUAUUCCUCAGCAAACACCCCGCCCUCCCCACAGGACAUCCACUAGACCUCCUCUCUCCGUGAUAGAUGUACCCAUUCCAGACUUACCUGUAACUGGCAGUAAUCGCAACAAACCCCCGCCAAAAGUCAAGACGUCAUCGGCAGCCGACAAUACAGCAAUGGUUAUUGGAAUUAUAGCUGGUGUGCUCAUCGUCGUCGUUAUCGUGGCCCUUGUCGUGUUCCGCGUGCGCAGCUGGACCCUGGCAGCAAGUCCAGGAGCCGCGGGCUACAAAGUCGAUGAAUCAGCUAAAAGGUACCACUUCCCACCAGCCGGUACAGCGCCCUACCAGUCCCAACCCCCCUCCGCGCAACACAUGAAUGGAGCUGUCAAGUGCGAUCCAGCUCAGAACAAACUUGUUAAACUGUCGAAGAAGAAGGACAUCAAAGACCUCAAAGAGUGGUACGUGUGAGGGCAAAACAUCAACCUCGACUUCUUUCGAUUGGCACGCUACGUUGUCUCGUUCCAACUAUUACUUGGUCUUCUAAGUCUUUGCAUGAACUUCAUUCCUGAGUGGCAACGGUUCUUUCGUUAUUUGCUGCGCCAUUAUGCAUGUCUUACUCUCUGACAAUAGAACUCAAAGGAAUGGCGAAAUGAUUAGGUAUCCAGUUCCUCGAAAGAACUUGCUGCUCUAUCAUGACAAAUAUCUUUCGUUUUGUUUUUAUUUUGUUUGCAACAUUCAGAUACUUUAUUCCGCAUCUAUCUAUAUAUAUAACAGAUCAUCAGAUAAAUAUUUGUGUAAUUUUACACAAAAUUUUAAAAAUAAUUUUUCGAGUCUUCGUUGCCGGAAGCCAUCGGCAAGUUGUUGUGAAUAUGGUUUAUAACAUUGUUCUUGUGAUAGGUAUGAGAUGAAUACAUUGUGUGAAAAUUAUACGCAAUAAAUACCUUAGAAAUAAACGAAUUUGCCUGAAUAUAAAAUGGCUUUCGGAAGAUAUGUAAUAUAAAUUCGCGGAAGGAGUCGUCGUGGUGGAUCGUUGUUGUCGAUGUUACAAAAAACAUCGUUCACUUGUACAGUAAACAAAUAGAAUCGGACGAAGUUAGUUUGAAUUCAUUCGCUUCAGCUGACCAAACAUACGUUGGAACGAGUAAAUAUCAAAAUGCCAAAAAUGGGGCGAAUUUGAGAGAAACCUUUGCAGCACUAAGCAUCUUCUGUGGUUUGUUUUAACAGCCUUCUUGACAUCAAAGUGUUUAUAAAAGCAAACUAUAGCUGUGCUGCGUGGCAAGGAAGCUAUACCAUACCACAGAAAAUUCGAGGAAAAUUGCGUAAAUAUUAUGUGGUACAAUAGCAGCCAAACUGAAAUACAAGCACCAUCGAAUUUCACAUUUUGAAUCCUUGAGAGAAAUCAUUAGCAUAACGAAUGUUCGAAAGCUGUGAACUGUUGGUUAUUGUGUGGAACUGCUUUGAGGCCCAAAGAGUUGACUGAAGAGCUUACCACUAGCAUUCUGAGGGCUUAGCCUGUGAGACAGUCCGAAAUGUGCGAAUGAUCGAAUAAAACAGAGUUAAAUAUAAAUUUUAAUCUAUGAGGUACAACUGGAAAAGUGAAAUAUAACGUUCAAGUACUGUACUUUUGUUCUUCGCCUGCUUUAGAGAUAUUAAACUAAAAUUAUACCUUAUCAUUAGAACUGUCAAUUGCAUUGGUAAUAUAAUGUUACACAGCAUUCUGUUUAAAACAUUAAAAGUUUUAGACUGAUCUUU